ACGUGUCAUCGCCACUCGCUAGUAGGGAAGGCAUAAACAGUGAUAGACUAGAAAACACAUGCAUGACGUGUUUCCCUCCGGCAGCGGUAGUGUGCUGGUGGUUUGCUUCACCUCCUGCACAAGGCAGCACUGAGAGUGGCGGUGCUGGCCGAAGCAGGUACACUAUUGCUGAAGAAUGGUGGGAGAAGACUGUGGAUCAGACCUUUUUAAGUCUGAUGAUGAUGAUGAUGAUGUGGCUGGCCAUGAUUAUGUUCAGCCCACAGACAGCAGCAGCAAUGAUGAAUCAAGUGAUAAGGGUGCAAGAAAUCCUGCCUGUAGCUCCAGAGUGCCUGCCAUGACCAGGGUGCCUCAGGAAGUGACUACUUCAGUGGUGUCAGUCUUGGUGAGAGAAGACUGUGGAUCAGACCUUUUUGAGUCUGAUGAUGAUGUGGCUGACCAUAAUUAUGUCCAGCCCUCACAAUUCAGCAACAGCAAUGACUUCAGGUGGUCACUGGAGCUGCUUCACACUGCCAUCCGUGAGCACCGGUGGGACGAUGCCCUCAGGUUCCUGCCAUGUAUCAUCACCCACACAGCACCACAUCUUCCCCUGGAGUUCUUGUUGGAGGUGACGGACAUCAUCACCAGAAAUGUCCCAAGUCUGUCUGUGGAUGACAGAAAAAAAUUCAGGUCCAUUCUUCAUGGUAUGAAGUUAGAAACAUCAGUGUUUCAUGACAUUUUGUCACAAGAUCUUGCAGAAGCAACAGACAGAGAUGCUGAUGGACUAAUGCAGAUGAUAGAGGACAUCCAGAACCAGAGGCAGCCUCCAGCACAGGGGAUUGAGACAAGAACAGACAAGCGCUUCAAGGCCCUUUCCGAUGGCUACAUUGGUCUGGUGCACUACCACCGCUGGAAGAGCUCCUUGCUGAAUGCCACAGCAGCCUCCCUGCCACUGGACGAUGAUUUCUGCUCAGUGAGCAUCUGUGGAAGUCAAGGAACAGGAAACACUGACAAGAAAGAGAUUGUCAGAACAGCUCACUCAUUCCUGAAGAAAGCUUUCAAUGGCCUUAAUGAAUCUUGUGACUGGUUCAUGCUGCAAUUCCUGGAGCUGGAGAAGGAGCUGUACGGACAGGAGUCGGCCAUCAGUGUGUUGGAGCGGUACAAGAGUGACCCUUGCCAUGCCCCAGUGCAUCACCUCGCCUACCACUUCUACAAGAACCUGGUUCCAGGAUCAGUCAUGGAGCAACUAAUGGAGCUGGAGCACAUCAGUAGAGCGUGUCCCAAAGACCCCCUGGUGCUGGAGCAAGUGAACCUCUACCUUGACAGCUUGGAGCAUGGAGGGCCAGCACAGGAGAGGGCCAUGAUGAGGAUGAGGAGUGCUGAGAGUGACACUGGCCAGGAAAGCAGUGAUGAGUGUCCUCCAGGCCCUGCAAAUGCCUCCUGCACACUGAAGACAACAGGGAAGGUGGAGGUGCUGAUGAGGUGCCUGAUGCUGCUUGUGGCAAUGCUGGACUACUCAACCUACACCUGGGACCUGCAGCCGUGGCAGAAGCUGACGCAGGUGUUGACCAAAUUUUACCAGGCCUGGGUCCGAUGUUGGUCCUGCUUGGCCUGCAGAAACACCAGGAAUAGGAUACAUAGACUGUCUAUGAUGGUGGUGCCUCUGUGGAAACAUUUUGUGUGGAAGGAACCUCCAGCCACCCUGCCCUUGGAGCAGGCCAGGGUCCUCUUCCAUCAUGUGUUUGCUGCUUUCAUAUUUAACUACAGUGAGGAGUACGUGAGUCACUCCCUGUCUGUCCUGCAGGAGAGUGGUCACUUGCAGCUGAGGGAAGAGCUGAUGAGCCUCAUAAACUUCCCAGGAGCUUUCCUGGGGCACUUUAGCCUGCUUGCCAAGAAACGCAGAAAAAAAGUGGAAGGCAUCUCACUAAGGUCUCUGAACCGAGCUGCAUCCCAGUAUAAGAAGGCCAUCCAGCAGAGGCAAAAGAGAGCACAGAACACCUCUAAGGCCGCAACUAUUACUUCAUUUAAGGACAUCGACCAGGAGACUCAAAAAGAUGGACCAUUUGACUCAGAGAAAGAUUUUUGUGAUCAUACCGAAUCUAAUGACAAAGUAGAUGGAAAACGGGGUUCCAUUGAAGGUAAUAAAGAUAAAGGAAGAGGGAAGCAGAAUGAAGUUCAAGAGAAAGCCAAGUCAGUGGAGCAACAGUGUGAUGAAACAGAUAUAGAAAAACAGAUGGAAUCAACCCAAGAAGAAAGGGAAUCAGAGGAACAAGUGCUCAAUAUUAUUGGUCAAGGAAAACAGGAGGAAGCAACUUCAGAAAGCUUGGAAAUUGACGUAGGUAGUGUCUUCAAUCAAGAUGACUCUCAAAGCUCUCUUGAUAUCCUUACAGCAGGCCAGAGGGAGAGGUUCUGUGACUCCUCCCCUGAUGAGUCUGCACCUGUCAGUCAGUCUGGCCAAGGAUUCUUUUUAACACAAACAAGAGAAACUGAUGAGUUUUUGCUGUCACCAGACAACAAAGAGCCAGGAAGUCCAGAACAUGCAGAUAUAAAAGAGAUUAGCCAGGAUGAGUUGAAAGAACUGGAUUUGGGGGAUCUUGGCCGUUACCUGGUCGUCAAACUGGUAGAGCUACAUUACAGCGAGUUCUUUAAAAAUGAACAAAAUUCUUCAGAGCUACAUAACUGGCACUCAGACGAAACUUUAGACAGAUUAUUGGAAUCAAUGUCAGUGUACCAAGGCCCCGAGGAGAGUUCCAUUGCCACCACCGAAGAGGAAAAAGGGAGGCAAAGGCACGGACAAUCAGGCACAUGCAGUUCUGUUACCGUCACCCGAAAAAAAACAAGGGGCACUACAAGACGUUCCCGGGUGGCCCAUUAUCCUGCGUCAUGGUUUGAAGGCUUUUCCCUCCCAGCCAUUGGCAAUAACACUGCCAGCAAGAGAAAAGACACUGAUGGUCAUCAGACAAGAUUUAAAAUUCCAGCUGUGCUGCCCAGUGCUCCAGUAACAAAGAAAACGUCAAGGAGAAGUAAGAAAGUGUUGGGAGACUCUGAGAAUGUUUUGAAGAAUAACAACCAUCACUCUGUUGGAGCAGAUUCUCAGUAUGCCACUCAAGCUGCUUCAUUAAUGUCAUGUGAUAGAAAUGACACAACCAAUCUUAAAACAAAAAAACAAUGCUCAAAAAGAAGAAGGAUCAGUUUUAGAGUCCCAGUAAUGGAUUGGAUUAAAGAUGUACCACUCACUUAUGAGAAUAGACAGUCUAAGACAGAAGCAUUAGAAAGAGACAUCACACCAGUACCAUCAGGCACGUGCAGUUCUGUUACUGUCACCCAAAAAAACACAAGGGACACUACAAGACGUUCCCGGGUGGCCCAUUAUCCUGCGUCAUGGUUUGAAGGCUUGCCCCUCCCAGCCUUUGGCAACAACACUGCCAGCAAGAGCAAAGACACUGAUGGUCAUCAGACAAGAUUUAAAAUUGCAGAAGCUGUGCUGCCCAGUGCUCCAGUAACAAAGAAAACGUCAAGGAAAAGUAAGGUGUUGGGAGACUCUGAGAAUGUUUUGAAGAAUAACAAUCAUCACUCUGUUGGAGCAGAUUCUCAGUAUGCCACUCAAGCUGAUUGGUUGAAGGAUCUGUCACUCCCUGAAGUAAGUGGAGAAACUGUUUCAUUAAUGUCAUGUGAUAGAAAUGACACAUCCAAUCUUAAAAAAAAAAAACAAUGGAUUAAAGAUUUACCACUCACUCAUGAGAAUAGACAGUCUAAGACAGAAGCAUUAGAAAGAGACGUCACACCAGUACCAUCAGGCACGUGCAGUUCUGUUACUGUCACUCGAAAAAACACAAGGGGCACUACAAGACGUUCCUGGGUGGCCCAUUAUCCUGCGUCAUGGUUUGAAGGCUUGCCUCUCCCAGCCAUUGGCAGUAACACCGCCAGCAAGAGCAAAGACACUGAUGGUCAUCAGACAAGAUUUAAAAUUCCAGCUGUGCUGCCCAGUGCUCCAGUAACAAAGAAAACGUCAAGGAAAACUAAGGUGUUGGGAGACGCUGAGAAUGUUUUGAAGAAUAAUAAUCAUCACUCUGUUGGAGCAGAUUCUUGGUAUGCCACUCAAGCUGAUUUUUUGAAGGAUCUGCCACUCCCUGAAGUAAGUGGAGAAACUGUUUCAUUAAUGUCAUGUGACAGAAAUGACACAUCCAAUCUUAAAACAAAAAAACAAUGCUCAAAAAAAAGAAGGGUCAGUUUAAGAGUCCCAGUAAUGGAUUGGAUUAAAGAUGUACCACUCACUUAUGAGAAUAGACAGUUUAAGACAGAAGCAUUGUUAGAAAGAGACAUCAAACCAGUACCCAAAACCAAGGAUCCCACACUCACAAUCAGCAAGCACCAAUUCAAGAGUGAAAGACAAAAAACCUUAAUGAAAUGGACUGAAGGUCUCCCAUUUGAUACUGAAAAGAUACUGGCUGGCUUACAGAAAUCACUUCAUGAAGACAACACAUCAUAGAUGAACAAAAUAGCUUUAAGUACCAAUCAGUGUGUGAACAAGAUAGCUUAAGUACCAAUCAAUGUGUGAACAAGAUAGCUUAAGUACCAAUCAAUCUGUGGACAAGAUAGCUUAAGUACCAAUCAAUGUGUGGACAAGAUAGCUUAAGUACCAAUCAGUCUGAAUACAGGAUAGCUUUAAGUACCAAUCAAUCUGUGGACAAGAUAUCUUUAAGUACCAAUCAAUGUGUGGACAAGAUAGCUUAAGUACUAAUCAGUCUAAGGACAAGGUAGCUUAAAGUACCCAUCAAUCUGUGGACGAGAUAGUUUUAAGUACCAGUCUGUGGACAAGAUAGCUUUAAGUACCAAUCAGUGGACAAGAUAGCUUUAAGUACCAAUCAGUCUGUGGACAAGACAACUUUAAAUACCAAUCAAUCUGUGGACAAGAUAGCUUCAAGUACCAGUCUGUGGACAAGACAGCUUUAAGUACCAGUCAAUCUGUGGACAAGACAGCUUUAAGUACCAGUCAAUCUGUGGACAAGAUAGCUUUAAGUACCAAUCAGUCUGUGGAAGAGGAAAAUAAUGAAGACCAAAGUGUGACAGAUCCACCAUGUGUGAAUGAUUUGUUGUACAAUAGUGAAGAAGGGGACAUCACCUCAUUAAAAAAAAACAAAUUGAUCAGGGGAAUGAAGCUCCAUCAAGGAAGUGUACAAGAGCAGACAGGAAAUCAAACACUGACAUUACUAGUGAGAGACAGAAAUCAGACAAUAAAAGAGAGGCUGACAGAGUUGAGAAAAUAAGGAAACUUAAGAGAAAAAGAAAAGUUCAGAUGAAAGCCCAUGUCACAGUAAAGUAACAGACUCUAGCCCUGCUGCAACUCAAGAAGAAAGUGUUAGAGGCAGCAUCUUGUUUGUCAGGAAACACAUUCAAACCACAGAGAGUGAAGAUAUUGGUGGAAGUGUCAGAGAUGGUGAAUGUGAAAAAGGCAAGAGAGUUCUUAGGAAAGAGAAAAAGCAAACACAGACCAAGAGGGGAAUGAGGGAGGGAGUAGUGGCAUGAACCAAAGAAACAAUAUCAGGCAUGAGGAGUAUGAAGAAAAAGCAGUUAUUUUAGUGUGAAUGAGGAGGACCCAGAAUUCAAAGCAAGCAAGCAUCAGAAAGACAGUCCUUAUAAGGGAGAAAAAGUUUGGAAUUCUAGUUCAGACUUGACCGUGAUGAUCUCAGAACCCAGACAAGCAGGAGUUGGCUUGACAUGGUGGGAGGCAUAGCAAGAGACAGAAGGUGAAGCAGCAGACUCAGCAGUGAGUGUAGCACAUCAGAUCAGAACUUAAGCAUCACCAUCUGCAACCAAGUACAGAGGCUCAGCAACAUCCAAAUCACUCUGUGCUGCACCCCUGGGAGUGAUGGCACCAGCUCCAUGAAUAAAGGGAUUAAAGUGGAGGUCCAGUUUUUCGACCAGCAUUCUGUGACUGGAGGUGGAGCUGGCCGGGAUGACUCUGGUGACCUGAGGCAAAGCAUGGAGUCACCAAAGGGCUCCACCCCACACAGGAGUCCACCAAGUGCCAGAAAAUGGAAGCACUUUGAGGAUGAUUCAUUGUAAGGGUGAGGCUGCUUAUAUUAUUAUUGCUGUAAUUUUACUUGUGCACGAGCAGUGCUUAUAUAAGAGAAAGUGAAUUUUUCCCCCUUCCUUACCUCUUUCUAGGAUGCACCUUAUCAUUCUGGAUUCAAAGGAUGUGAUGUUACAGCCUUAUUUGAUUUAUUUUACAAUUUUUGGUCUGCACAUCCUUGCAUUCCUUUUCAUAUACUGUCUGAUUAUUGUGUGUAAUUACAAUUAGUGCAUUCAUAACUAUUGCAUAGACCUUCAUAUUAUGUGCAAGUUGUUAACUAUGAAAAAACUUCAGUGAAAGCAAACAUUUAACAUUUUAGUUUUGGGAUCUCAGUUUGGCAGCACCAGUGAGUCACUGCUUUGUUUUCAUCAAGUAAAUUAUCACGCUGGGCACCACUGGGCAUCUCAGCCUCCACCUGCCCGGCUGUCCUGCUGUGCUGGCAUUCACCUGCCAUCCACUUGUGGUGAUGAUGGUGUUGCCUUGCAUUACUUCUCAAUUGUGGUGGUGUUCUUUUUGCCAUCAAUACACCCCAGUUUGUUUGCCAUUUUUGAACUUUUGAAUCACUGACAUUUUUUUCAGGUUUCAUGUUCUCAAAUCUUCCAGUGCAUUAGAAAUUCUGUUCUCCACAAGUGCAGCAAAAUUCAUCUGCAUCAAUUAAAGUUUUGUGGUUUUAACUUUUUCCUCAUGAGAGUUUUAUGUUUGGUGAGUUUUAGUAGUUCAUGAAGCAAGUGUUCUCAUUGUAUGUGCAGUGGGAGGAGUCAGGGAUGUGCCUCCUCCUUUGUGAUGCUUCUGUGUGCCAAGGUGUUCUCACAUCAACCUUAGGGCAUGUGAGUGUUGUACCUGAGUAUUGAGGAGGGAAGAGUCAAGGAUGUGUGAUUGUGCUUCUGCCAUUAUGUCUAAGUUCCACAAAUAUUUAUUUACUUUUGAAGAGAUGUGGGGUGAAGAAAGGAUUUGUGUUAUGGUAGAGGUGAACAAGUGUGACAUCUUCAAAUGAUGUGGCUGCAUGGAGAGAAGAGGAAGGGAAGUGAUUGGGAGGAGAAAGGUGGUCUGGAUGCUGUGGCUGAGAGGAAUCUGCAUUGAAUGUGGGGGGUUUUGAAAUACCUGAUAUAUAUAUAUAU